AUGUUUUAUGUUUAUGGGUUUUAUUGGGCCAUACUAAAAAUUAAAAUUAUGAUAUUUUCCAGCCCAUAUCUUGGCCCAUUUUCCAAAAAACCUAAUCCUUUUAUCUUCCUCACUCAUUCCUCUCGACACCAGCCUCCACCAAACGACCAUCUCUACCACCAUGGCACCAAAUCGUCAUCCUCCUCCACCAAAUCACCCUCAUCCUCAACCUCCACCGAAACAACCGCUGCCUCUAUCUCUUCUUCUUCCCCUUGGCGUUGGAUUCACUCUUUCGUUGCAGAUUUGGAGCUGUUUUUUCUGGAAAGAAUCUUGGCGGUGAAGUUCGGUUGCUUGUGUUCGGGAGGAAAGAAGAUGAUAAAAAAAAACCGGAUCGGAUCCGGUCCGCGGAUACUCGUACUUUUUCACAGACUUCAGGAUCCCGAAUAUCCGAGGUUGGCAGAUACGGAUCCAGAGACUGAAAUGACGGAUCCGCCGGAUACGGAUCCGGAUCCGGAUACCUCAAAAAUCCCGGAUAUCCGGAUCCGUAACAGGCCUAAUAGCCAACCAUUUAAUAUAAAAACUUGUCAAUACAGCUAAGUUUUUUUUCUUAACAACUAAUUAUUUUUGGUCUUUCUAAAUUCUUUAUUAUAAAAAGAAUAGUCGUUUAUUAUAUUGAUCUCAAAUCACUAAAAGUCUAAACUCUUAUAAGUCUUUCCUUUCUUAGUAAUGAAGUCUAAAUUUUAAAACAUAUAUGUCAACUAUAUAGUUGUUUCUAACUGGAACAAAAAAAUUAUGUCCCCUCCGAUUUGUUGGACUUAUUAGAAAACCAACACAAUAUUACUAUUAAUUUAUGAAACUAUAACAUCUCAUCUUGAUCAUUACUUGUCCACCACUACGUUUUUAAUUGAGCCUGAAAUUUGAGGAGGUUGGAUCUAUUGUUUGUGCUAAUGUGAAUACCCAAAAUUAUAUUCCAUCCUUUUCCUUCUUACUAAAUACACCCACAGAACUCAUGGCUGCUAAAAUGGGAAUUUGGAUUUUUUUUUUUUUUUUUUGAUAGUGAUAUUCUUCUUCCCUUUCAUCUCACCCAUUGCACACAUAUAUAUAUAUAUAUAUUUAUUUUUUCUCUUUAAAAAAUUGCACAUAUAUAUUAGCUGGUCAUUUAAUAUAAAACUAGAGAAUACAGCUAAACUUGGUCUUUUUAUAUUCUUUGUUGUAAAAAAAGUCGUUUGUAAUUGAUUUGGAAUAGCUUUACAAUCGUUUUAUAUUUUAUUUUGAUUAUAGAGGAGACCGUCUCUUCCGGAUCUUGUUUUCAUUACAGAUUAUAUAGUUUUAUUCAAAAAUGCACUCUCUCGAUUGGAACAAGCCUUUCCGAUCCCAUCUGGGAACGAGAACAUGUCAUGACUUCAAUUCCGAGAUUCCUAACAGUUAACAACUUGUCAAACAAAAAAGUUGCAAUCAGUAUUGUGAAAAAAAAAAAAAAAUUUAAAAUAUACUCCCACUUGAAAAGAUUUAUUGCCAAUUAAAAAAAAGAGUAAAGAAGUACCACUUGGAAAACAUAUAAUUAACCUUUUACUGUAUUAAAUUCAACAUGAACAAAAAAUAUAUAUAUACAUAUACAUAUUUAUAUAUAUAUCAAUGUAUUAAAUUUAUUAUAUAUUUUAAUUAGAAAAUAAUAGUAUUUGUUUGGACAACAAACUUUGCAGUUAUGGGUCAGUACUCAACUGCAACAAAAACAAGUAACAACACAUGGUCUCUCUUAUUACAGAUGUGUCUAUAUCUUUCUCUAUCCCCCACUCCAAUCAAUUUCAAGUUAUUAUUAAAUUAUCUUGAUUUGGUAAAGAGUUAGUUUUGUAAAGUACGUAAAAUUUGAAAAACAAUUAAUUAAAAAAUGAAGGUUGGGUGGGGAAGAGGCAGAUAUGAACACGUAGUGAGGAUAUGAAUGGGUAAAAGGAACAGUCAAAGGGACAAAGAGAUUAGACUCGGAGACGAUCGAUGCUUAUUAGUCAAGCAAGACACCUGAUUACACUUGCUUAGAGAUCUCUGUUUUGAUGAAAAUGAGCUAUGUGGACUAGUCAUGAAAGAGAUCUCUUUAGAGGAACAAAGCAUUAUUUAUAUUUUCUAGCAUUGCGUGUUGUUCAGAUCAAGAUGGAGUGUGAUGUGAUCGGUAAGAAUUUUAGUUCUCUCUCCUCUUGGCUUGGUGGUGCAUGUCCUUUGAAAAAAUCGAAACCUUGCUAUGUAAAUUGAAUGUUGGGACUAGACGGCUUUGUCAAAUCAUCCAAAAAAAACAUAGGAAGACAAAGAUAACUCAAAGGAGAUGGAGAGAGCAAUCAAGAAUUCCAAUAGCAAUUCAAGGAUCAAAACUCCAACAGAGAAAUUUCAUUAAAUUAUCUCCUUUGCUGAAUUUUGCGAUAUAAUAUUUGUUUCUUGUAAAAGCUAUAAUAUUAUAAAGCCAACUGACAAUGAUUUUCCUUUAUUGUAACUUAAUUGAUCUUGUGGCUAAAAAAUUCAAGGAAAUGAAAAUAAAAGUCACAUAUGAAAGAGUUACAUCUCACAACUGAAACU